AUGAGUAAUACCGGUAGAUAUACAGAGGAGGUGACAGAGCACACAGCACUCAUGGACGGCCACAUAGCAGAAGCUCACCCUGAUAGGAAGGUAGCGAUAGCGAGGAAACGAAAGAGUAAAUCCGAAACUCAACGCACAUAUGGCAGUGUGGAGCAGUCAGAAAGUAGUGGAUCUGGGGUGGUUCACAGGUCAACACCUCCUGUGCCACCUCAAGCACCUCCAUCAGAACCUCAAAUUGAAGAGUUAGAGUUAAAAUAUGGAGCCCGUCAUGUUAUCAAGCUGUUUGUGCCUGUCACCUUAUGUAUGAUAGUGGUUGUUGCUACAAUGUCAUCAAUAACAUUCUAUUCCACUAAAGGAGUUUAUUUAGCUUACACACCUUUUCAUGAAGAGAGUCCAUAUGCUGUAACCAAAGUGUGGAAUGCGAUUGCCAAUUCAUUAAUUCUCCUCAGUGUGAUAGCUCUGAUGACAGUUUUAUUGAUAGUCCUCUACAAGAAGAGAUGUUACAAGAUCAUACAUGGAUGGUUGAUACUCUCUUCACUCAUGCUGCUGUUUUUGUUCUCCUAUUUGUAUGUAGAGGAGGCCUUACGAGCUUAUAAUAUACCUAUGGAUUACAUAACAUUAACAUUUGUUAUGUGGAACUUUGGUGUAGUGGGCAUGAUUGUGAUUCAUUGGAAAGGCCCGUUACGACUGCAACAAGCGUACCUGAUUUUUAUAGCAGCGUUGAUGGCGCUUGUAUUUAUUAAGUACCUUCCUGAAUGGACCACCUGGGUCGUUCUAGCUGUUAUAUCAAUAUGGGACUUGGUAGCGGUAUUAACACCUAAGGGUCCACUACGAAUAUUGGUAGAAACUGCACAAGAACGUAAUGAGCCAAUAUUUCCUGCCUUAAUAUAUUCAUCCACUGUGAUGUACUGCCUGGCGGCGACUACAGCGCCGGGUGCUGCCGGGGAGGGCGAGCAGCGGCCCCGGGAGUUGCGCCCUCUCAAUCCACACGGUGGGCAAGGAGCGGAGGGCGGUGACAGGGCGAGCGGCGGCACCGGCGGGGCGGCGGCUGGUUUCGACGCGGCCUGGCACGCGCGCGCCGCCGAGCAGCGCAGCCUGCGCGUGGACAGCACGCAGCCGCCGCACUACACCACGCGCGUCGAGCGUCACCCCAUGCCUGCGCAGCCCCCGCCCCUCGACGACGAGGAGAAGGGUGUAAAACUUGGCUUAGGUGACUUCAUAUUCUAUAGCGUGUUGGUCGGUAAAGCCAGCUCAUAUGGAGACUGGAACACAACACUGGCGUGUUUUGUAGCUAUAUUGAUUGGUCUGUGCCUAACGCUGCUUCUGCUGGCGAUCCUGAAAAAGGCGCUACCGGCGCUGCCAAUCUCCAUAACGUUCGGUUUGAUAUUCUACUUCGCCACGCGAUGGGCCGUGAAGCCGUUCGCGGACGCUCUGGCCGCUGAACAAGUGUUUAUUUAG